ACUUGUUAAAUGGGCGCGAUGAUUGCCGCACGCGUUUUCUGCCUACUUUUUGGAAUCCUUCACAUCGUGACAUCUCAAAGGAAACCAAGCUUCGCUAAUUAUUCCGGCGAUGCGCGAAACAACUACGCCCUUUGGUUGCUGAACGGAGCGCCGGAUACGAAAGUAGAGUUUCCCGGCUACGAUGGCUGGUACAACAACUUGGCACGCCCUGAUUCCGGAGCUAUAGAUAAACCGUUGCUUCGUAGAAGCCCUGCAGCAUACGAAGAUGGUACCUAUCUACCAGCGGGAAGCGAUAGACCGAAUCCAUUCGAAUUGAGCGACAAGUUGCUCAGCGGUCCGAUAGGAUCGCAAUCGAAAACCGGAAAAAAUGCGUUGCUCGUUUUCUUCGGGCAACAAGUGGUGGAAGAAAUUUUGGACGCACAACGUCCAGCCUGUCCACCAGAGUACUUUAAUAUCAAAAUACCGGAAUACCAUAGAUAUCGUAAUCUCAGCAAGCACACGGAAAUGCCUUUGCUCAGAACACGGUUCGAUCAACGUACCGGGCUGAAUCCGAACAAUCCUCGUCAGCAAUUGAACGAAAUCACACCUUACAUAGACGGCGGUUUGAUGUACGGUAUUAGCAAGCAAUGGGCAGAUCAGCUAAGGACUUACUCUAACGGUACCAUAGAUCCAGACGGGAUGUUGGCUUCUUCCCACGAUGGACUUUUUCCUGAGUAUAAUACCCAUAGAUUGCCAUUAGCGAAUCCACCACCGCCAUUCCAUCACAAAGAGUUUAUAGAGAAUCAUGAAAUCUUUAACGUCUCCCGUUUCUUUAAAUUAGGUAAUCCCAGAGGCAACGAGAAUACAUUUUUAUUAACAUUCGGUAUACUUUGGUUCCGUUGGCAUAACUAUUUGGCCAAGAGCAUAAGAGGUUUACAUAGGGAUUGGCCCAGCGAGAAGGUGUUCAAUGAGGCAAGGAAAUGGGUCAUCGCUACGCAGCAGCAUAUAAUCAUGGACGAGUGGCUUCCAUCCUGGAUCGAUCCCAGUCACAUACCUGCAUACAGAAGUUACGACGCGAGCAUCGAUCCGCAGAUAGAUCAGUUCUUUCAAGCAGCUGCUUUCCGUUUCGGGCACACUCUCGUCACGCCCGGCGUUUACAUCAGAGACUAUCAAAGAAGUAAUUGCGCCACGACAAUAUCGAAACCAGUUCGCACGUGCAAUGCCUUUUGGCGACCGCAGGACGCUAUCCAGAAGAGGAUCGGUAAUUUGUAUGUCGACAUUGAUAGAGUCCUCAUGGGCAUGGCUAUGCAGAUGUGCGAAAAAGAGGACCACAAGAUUGUAGAGGACCUGCGAGGAAACGUUUUUGGCCCAUUGGAAUUUCCUCGAAGAGAUCUAAUGGCUAUUAAUAUCCAGAGAGGCAGAGAACACGGUCUGCCCGAUUUCAAUUCAGCUAGGAAAGCCUACAAUCUGCCUCGAGUCGAUAGCGUCGAUCAUUUUCCCGAUGACGUUAAUCAAACUAUUAAAGAUGAACUGAUGAGAUUGUAUCAGAACAAUUUCGAUAAUAUCGAUACUUGGGUUGGAGGAAUACUGGAAACGCGCGAUGGACCAGGCGAACUUUUUGAGGCAAUCAUUAUCGAUCAGUUCCGAAGAAUCCGAGACGGGGAUAGAUUCUGGUACGAAAAUUUGGCAAACGGAUUGUUCACGAGAGACGAAGUAACACGGAUCAAAAGCAUCACUCUUUACGAUAUUAUUAUGACUGUGACUAUGCUGGAUUCGAAUGAUAUUCAGACAAAUGUUUUUCGUGUGCCUACCAGUAAUGAACCGUUUGCAAUUUGUAGACUACAACAGAGCAAUUGCACUGAAAGAGGCAGGACGAUGCCGUGCUUUCAUUUGCCAAUAUUAAAUGAGGCUGUGCUAAACGAAACGUGUUUACAAGGUUCCACUUACGAUUACUUCUCCAAUAGCGAAGCAUCGUUUAUUUUAACAUUUACUAUAGUAUCAGCAAUAAUCGCAGGAUUAAUUGGAGCCAUUUAUACUAUGGUCUAUUUCAAACAGAAAAGUGUUGAAUCUUUGUCAUCUAUAACGCCGGCUGCAAGCGUAAUCCAAGAUGGCAUAGUUUCCAAAGAAAUGAUUAACAAACGGGGAGCCACGAGGCUUGUGAUCGUCAAUAUAACUGGUACCCAUAUAAAUGUAUUAUCUGGAAAUGGGGUGCGUCUGCGAAAAUUGGAUUGCAAAAAUGGUGUUACCUGCAUUUCGACCAUCGACAAACCAUAUAUCGUGAUAAAACCGCGAAACGAAUACGAUUUGGUAUUAACAUUUGAAAGUCACAAUAUUCAGUUCCAUGCUUACAAUAAAAUAACACAAUCGUUGCGAGGCUCUAGUUGCACCGUGAACGAAGAAGCAAAUAGAACGUUCAAAUCGUUAUUACCGACGUUGGUGUCCAAGAAGCAACGGCAGAAACAAUUAGAGGUUUUCUGUCGCGUGGUUUUCGCUCAAGCAUUCAAAUUACCUCACAACAAAAAGGAACUGCUCUCGACUGACUCUAAGAUUGCGGAUAUAAUGAAAAUGGAAUUGACUUUAGAAGAGUUCAGCAAUCUGCUCAACAUGAGAUCGGACUCGCAGUUCGUUAACUUGAUGUUCAAACUGAUUGAUGUCGACUUGAACGGAUUCGUCUCGUUCGGUGAAUUCUUGAACCUCAUGGUUAUCUUCUCCGAGGGUACCACCGUCGAUAAAGCAAGGCUACUCUUCGACAUGUACGAUAUCGAACAAAUUAAGUCGUUACCAAUAGAAGCGUUCAAGGAUAUGAUUCUAUCUUUCAUGGAAAACGUAACUGGUAACAUUAAAAACGAAGACUUGAAGGUGACCAUCGAUAGUUUGAUGAAACAAGCUAAUCUGCAGAAUAAAACUGCACUGGACUUUCAAGAUUUCAUGAGAGUGAUUGGUGAAGACGGAGUGCAGCAUCUUGAAAAUGUCAAUUUGCAAUUCAAGUACGGUUCCACAAACAUGCAACAAAUUGAAAAUUCCAGGCAACACAUCAUCGAAGAUAUAUACGGAACGAUUGGUUCGAAUUCUGCACCCCAAGAAAAUGUCGCUAACAAUUUAAGCGAUAAUCGAGCACUCACAGAUAUGACAAAAAUGUUCGCUUUCGUAAAGGAUAUAGAGAAAAAUUCAACGGUUAUAUUUUGGAAAUUUUUGUAUACUUUAAUACUUCUAUCGAUUUUCGCAGAAAGAGCUUAUUACUAUUCUGUGGAAAGAGAGCAUUCUGGUCUAAGACGUAUAGCAGGAUACGGUGUGACGGUGACUAGAGGAGCGGCUUCGGCAAUGAUGUUUACCUAUUCUUCAUUACUAGUUACCAUGUGUCGAAAUUUAAUCACCAUACUAAGAGAUACGGCACUUCAUCAAUAUUUUCCUUUCGAUGCAUCCGUCGAUUUUCAUAAAUACAUAGCGUAUUGGGCUUUCGUAUUCACAAUAAUGCACAUUGUUGGACAUGCAUUCAAUUUCUACCACAUAUCCACGCAAACGGCGGACGAUCUCACCUGUCUAUUUCGAAAUUAUUUCCACGCGACUCACGAGAUACCAAAAUUCCAUUACUGGUGCUGGCAAACGAUGACAGGAUUCACCGGAAUCGUAUUAACAAUAAUAGCAGGUAUAAUAUAUGUGUUUGCGCUGCCGAUAGCCAGAUCGAAACUCUAUAAUGUCUUCUGGAUUUCGCACUCGAUAUACCCACUGUUCUAUAUUUUCUUGAUACUCCACGGCAGUGGAAGAUUAAUUCAGGAACCGUUCACGCACUAUUUCUUAUUGGGUCCUAUAAUUCUUUUCACACUUGAUCAAAUUAUAAGUAUAAGCAGAAAGAAGAUAGAAUUCCUAGUCGAAGAAGCAAAAAUUUUACCAUCUAAUGUCACGAUGCUGAAGAUCCACAAACCAACACAGUUUUCGUACAAAUCAGGGCAGUGGGUUCGUAUUGCCUGUUUAGAAUUGAACAGGCACGAGUACCAUCCUUUCACGUUAUCCUCGAGUCCCGAUGAACCGUUCUUGUCUGUUCACAUCAGAGCAGUCGGACCGUGGACUCGACACAUUCGCACUUUGUACGAUGAAGCUGUGCAAUAUAACAAACCGUUGCCGACGUUGUUCAUUGACGGUCCAUUCGGGGAAGGCCAUCAGGAUUGGUACAAGUACGAAGUUUCCGUUUUGAUCGGUGGUGGAAUCGGUGUCACUCCGUUCGCCAGUAUACUCAAAGACAUCCUUUUUAAAGCAAGCAUUAACCAGCAAGUCCCUUCGAAGAAGGUCUACUUCCUGUGGGUAUCCAAAACUCAAAAACAAUUCGAAUGGCUCAUAGAUCUGUUGAGGGAAGUCGAGAAGCGCGAUGUGAAUAAAAUCAUUUCGAAUCACAUUUACGUUACGCAAUUUUACGAGAAGUUUGACUUGAGAACGAUCAUGCUGUUUAUUUUCGAACGCCACUUCAAAAGGAUUACUAACAAAUCGCUGUUCACGAACCUAAAUGCAGACACGCAUUUCGGACGUCCCGUGUUCAAGGAUUUCUUCAGAAGAGUCAUCAUGCACAACACUUUCGAUAUAAAUAAGAUCGGAAUUUUCAGCUGCGGUAGUCCGACCAUGGUAAACGCUGUCGAAGAAGCGUGCAUCGAAAAUAACAAAUCCGAUGAGCAAAUAAUUCUGGAACAUCACUACCAAACUUUUUAGGAGCGCGCUUUAUUCCAAUUUUAGAUGUUGCCAUUAGCGAAAUAGCUAUAAAUUAACUUAAUAUAAUUAUAUAAAAUAUAUCAAACGCUUCUUAUUAUGAUUAUAGUGAAUUGCAAUAGAAAAUAUUAUUCUAUUUACAGUCAGCAGGAAUAUCAAGCAAAAUC